CGCACACGCACAUGCGUGCGACGGACCUCGACGACACGAAACACCGUUCUCGGCAUGAACCGCGUCCCGCGACACGCGUCGUCAACAGUGAUCGGUCGUCACUCGUCGCAUGUGCACGUACGUCGUCCAACCGCCCGCCACGCACCGUCUGUCAGCCGCCGACCGUGCUGCUGACCAACAGCUGCCGGAAUCGAUCGUCCGAUCCCGCUCGCGCCAUGCAUCCGUCGUCACGCUGAACCGUCCGCCGUCAUCGUCUUCGUUUCAACACGCUCCGGGCGUACACCUAUGUGAUGUCGGCACUGGCCGCGUAGAUCAGACCGCACCGUCAACCGUGUUGUGCGAGAUUGCAGUCGCCAUGUCUGAAUACCACGAUGACGCCAAAUACCGACCAAAGCGGUAUCAAUCUAUUGGCAAGUUAUUCAAAAAACGUUUACCUAUCGUUUCUUGGCUGCCCAAGUACGAUGUAGAUCAAGCUGUCAGUGACUUAAUCGCUGGGGUUACUGUUGGACUAACCGUCAUUCCUCAGGGGCUAGCGUACGCUACGCUUGCGGGUUUGGAACCACAGUUUGGUUUGUAUUCUGCAUUCGCUGGAUGCAUUGUUUAUACAAUGUUUGGUAGUUGUAAAGAUAUUACCAUUGGUCCAACAGCAUUAAUGUCACUUAUGACUUAUCAACAAGUUAUUAAUAGAAACUCUGACUAUGCCGUAUUACUAUGUUUUUUGUCUGGAAUUUUACAGUUCAUUAUGGGAUCACUUAAACUAGGUGUAUUAAUUGACUUCAUUUCCAUCCCAGUGACUGUUGGUUUUACAUCGGCAACAUCUGUUAUUAUAGCAGUAUCACAAUUAAAGGGUCUUCUGGGUUUAAACUUCCAGUCAUCAUCAUUUUUGGAUUCUCUAGUGAAAGUAUAUUUGAAUAUUGGUAAAUUCCGUCCUAAUGAUACAAUUCUAGGAGUCUCCUCUAUUGUUAUACUACUUUUUCUUCGAAAAAUAAAAGACAUUAAACUACUUGGUCCAAAUGGUGGUAAGCCAUCCAGUAAACAAAGGACAAUCAUGAAAGGUUUAUGGUUGCUUUCCAUAUCCAGAAAUGCGUUGAUCGUACUUGCUUGUUCAAUGAUUGCAUAUCAGCUACAUUCUCCAAAUGCAGAACCUUAUGUGACUUUAAUUGGAAACGUAAGAUCUGGCUUGCCACCGUUGAAACUGCCACCAUUUGGGACAGAAAUUAAUGGUGUAACCAUAAGUUUUAUUGAUAUGUGUAUGGAUCUUGGAUCUUCUAUUAUAUUAGUACCAGUGAUUGCUGUCCUUGGAAAUGUAGCUAUCGCUAAAGCAUUUUCUAGUGGAAGCUCUAUUGAUGCUACACAAGAACUUUAUUGUUUGGGUGUAUGUAAUUUAUUGGGUUCAUUUGUUUCUUCAAUGCCAGUUACUGGAUCAUUUUCAAGAAGUGCAGUGAAUCAUGCUAGUGGUGUACGAACACCCAUGGGUGGAUUGUACACAGGUGUACUUAUUAUUUUGGCGUUGAGUUUACUGACACCAUAUUUUUACUUUAUACCCAAAGCAGUCCUAGCAGCAGUCAUCAUUAGUGCUGUUAUUUUUAUGAUUGAAUAUGAGAUUGUUAAACCUAUGUGGAAAUCAAGCAGAAAAGACUUGAUUCCGACAUUUGCAACAUUUGUCUUAUGCCUGGGCGUUGGUGUAGAACUUGGAAUUUUAAUUGGUGUUACUAUAAACAUAAUGCUUCUACUUAUACCAUCAGCUAGACCAUUUUUGCAAAUUGAAAUGAAAAAAUUAAAUUCCGGAUUGGAUUAUUUACUUGUUACACCAGAAAACAGUAUUUAUUUCCCCGCUGUAGACUUUAUACGUGCUAAAACUGAUAGAGCUGCUGUUAAAAUGGGACAGUCAAAACUUCCUGUUGUGAUUGAUUGUAAACACAUACAUGAAGCAGAUUUUACAGCUGCCAAAGGCAUUGCUGGAUUAAUAAUGGAUUUCAAGAGACGAAAACAACUAUUAUGUUUUUAUAAUUUAAGGCAAAGUGUCUUAGCUGUGUGGCAAGGUGUUUGUGGUGAUGAAAUUCUUCAUUGCUGUACAUAUGAUGAAUUAGAACAAACACUCAAUGAUAUCAACUCUUUCGAAAAUCCAACAGAAUUAAAGGACAUAGUACAUAUAACAUCUCAGCAGUCUCAUGAAGUUCCCUUAUUAAACAGAAGACAACAUUAAACACUUUAAUUUCUUAUAGUAUUAUUUUCCUACAUGUUGAAUUUAAUUGUAAUUCAAUUAUUUAAAAUGAUAUGAGUACUUAUUU